AGAGAUGAGGGUCAAACUUCUGAGCGUGUGCGUGUUUCUGCGCGCGUGUGUGCGGGUAUAUAGCCCGUGACCAGGACGCAGGGCGCAAAGUUCUCCCGUUUCCCCCCCGGAUCCACCUGAAGCUGCGGGUCACCAUGAUGUUCCCCUGCAGCGCCCUGCCGCCGCCUCUCUACCCGGCCUUCCUGCGUCCCCCCGCGGCUCUCCCGGCGCCCCUCAACCGCGCGCUGCCCUCCGGCUUCCUGGUGGAGGACCUCCUGCGCCUGAGCCAGCCGGUGGGCUACAUCCACCGGACCUUCUGCCCCACGAGCCUCGGGGACGCGGACUCGUUCGGCCCGGAACCGGGCUCAUCCUCCCGGGUGUCAGGGCCGAGCUCGGAGCGGCCGCAGAGCUCCGGGCAGCAGAACCGAAGCGGUGCCGGGUCCUCGAUCCCCUCCUGCCCGGACUCCGGGUUCCUCAAGUUCGGCGUUAACGCGAUCCUGGCGCCGUGCGCGCGGAACGGUGAGGGUUUGCACUCCAAGUCUCUGCCGCUGCCUCUCUUCGAUGGAAGUCUCCAUCCUCUCCUCCGGGCCUCGUCCUUCCUGUCAGCCUCUUCCUCCGUGGUUCCCGUUCCAGGAACUUUCUCCUGGCCCCUGGCCCCCAGAGGGAAGCCCAGGAGGGGCAUGCUGCGGCGGGCUGUCUUCUCUGACCUCCAGCGGAAAGCCCUGGAGAGGACCUUCCAGAAGCAGAAGUACAUCAGCAAACCAGACAGGAAGAAGCUGGCCAGUAAACUGGGCCUGAAGGAUUCACAGGUGAAGAUCUGGUUCCAGAACCGCAGGAUGAAAUGGAGGAACUCUAAGGAGCGGGAGCUGCUGUCAACGGGCGGCUGCCGCCAGCAGACCCUCCCCACCAAAGCCAACCCCCACCCGGACCUGACGGACGUGGGCAGCAGCCAGGAGCCCCACCUUCCCCAUCCUCACCUUCACCUCCACAAGGCCUCGUCUCCAUCUGCAGACUCCAGCAAGCAGUCAGAGCUGUCAGAGUCAGACGGGGAGGAGAUCACCGUCUCAUAAGACUGAUCCGACUGACUGACUGUUGUGUACAUACCUGUAUUUACUGGCUGUUUGUGUACAGUGAUGUUCUCUGCACGGCCUGUGAGCCACGCAGACUCUUCUGUUUAGAGUGUGUGUAGAUGCAAAUGUCAGAAACCUUGUAAAAAUGUUUUUAAUGACAUUUUGUACUUUUCAUAUUUUCUUAAAUAAACCUUUAAACUUUUUA